ACUUGCUAUUUCUGGAAUUUUCCCCUUCAAAGUACUGCGGUUGUACCGCCUGGCCCAGUCCAGUCAACGUAACCAACAAGCAGCGGAGUAAUUGCAACUUGCUAGAGCAGCACCAGUGUAACAAUGAUGGAAGAAGAUUUGCGAAUCCACACAUUCACCGAAAUUCCGUCGUCAGAGUUAUUCACUUCUCAAAUUGAACCCAAAAACGUUCCAGCGGUUUUCAAGGGAUGUAUAAAGAAUUGGAAGGCUUUUUCAAGGUGGAACCCGUCGGACGGUGGCCUGAUAUACCUGCAGGAACGUGUAGGUUCAGUAGUCGUGGAAGCUAUGCUGUCCCGAUCUGCACCAGUCUUUUAUGGUGAUAUCAGAAGCCAUGAAAGGGUCCCAUUGAGCUUCUCUACCUUUAUCAGAUAUUGCUUGUGCCUACUGAAAAAUAGGGAUGGAAGGCGAGAUGAUUUUUUGGAAUCUCAGAAGCAUAAUCUUGUAGUAUCUGACACUGAGCAAACUGAUUUACUUUUUGGAGAAGCUCCUCAGCAAUUUUUUUUAGCACAGGUACCAAUUCUGAAUUUUGAGAAAAAGGAACACAUGCAACUGGAGUGCCUUGGAGAAGAUAUUCAAACGCCUGUACCUUUGGAAGCCAAAAGCCUGGCUUCUGUUAAUUUGUGGAUGAACAGCAUGAAGGCUAGAUCCAGCACACACUAUGAUCCACACCACAACCUUUUAUGCAUAGUAUCUGGAUGCAAGGAAGUUACUUUAUGGCCACCUUCUGCAACUCCUUACUUAUAUCCACUACCCUUGUAUGGGGAAGCUUCCAAUCACAGCUCUAUUACUUUAGAAGAACCAGAUCUUUCAAUCUACCCAAGGGCGGCAUGCCUAAAUGGCUUUUCACAAAAGGUCAUUCUUCAUGCUGGUGAUGCGCUGUUCAUUCCUGAAGGAUGGUUUCAUCAAGUGGAUAGUGAAGUUCUAACCAUUGCUGUUAACUUUUGGUGGCGGUCCAUGACAAUAUCUGGCAUGUUGGAGCAUAUGGAUGCAUAUUAUUUGCGUAGAAUAUUAAAAAGAUUGACUGAUAAGGAAAUGAAUAAGAUGCUGCAUUUUCCUUCAAGUAGUAUGGAUAAAACUAUGACUUGUACUACUUCCCAGCCUAAUAAUGCAUAUAGAGAUCAUGAACAUCAGGGAACCAGCAAGAAUUGUGGCAACAGAACUCCAAAAGAUGAGCUUAAGUCAAAAGUGAUGCUGCAAGAUUUGGAGCCCUGUGCAUCACAGUCGCUGAAUGAACUUAUUUCGUUGGUUCAUGACCGUCUCAAUCCAAGCAAGCUGACGGGAUCUACAGAUUAUUCAUUAGCUGGGGAGAAUGAUGAUAAUAAAAGAAAAGAGGACUCAUGUAGCAGCGACGAUGAUUCAGUUGCUAAUCUUAUCUUGACCCUUCAUCCACUUAAAAUCCACCGUGUCUUUCUUGCAAUGGCUAACUAUUUUCCAAGAACAUUAGAGGCCUUAGUAUUGCAUGCACUCACUCCUGUUGGAUCAGAAAUCCUCACUCGGAAAUUUGAAGAGAUGGAUCAGCUAAUUUCAGGAGAAGACCAGAAUCAAUUCUACCAGAUUUUUUAUGGUGUGUUUGAUGACCAGUCUGCAGCUAUGGAUGUACUUCUGAAUGGCAAGGAGUUAUUUGCUCGUCAGGCAUUUGAAAAUGUGCUCGAUAAGUUCCUGGGAGUUAAUCCUGAAGGGCCAAAGCAACGGACCAAAUAGAUACCAACUAUGGCACUUCAUAAGAACGUCGGUCCCUUUGAAUUGGAUGAGCGACUUCUCCAUCUCCGCCCCUUUCCUCUUCAUUUGGUACUGCACAUAUGAUGCUGUUGUAACCCUAUUUUAUUGAGGUCCCUACUAAAUUUAGCUGCCAUUUUAUUGCGUGCUUUUGUAAAUUCUGUGUCAUAAUUUCAUAUUAAAGUUCGGAAUUGUUUCUGUUUAUAUUGUAUGAUACCUAUAUUGUUUUGGAUU